CUUACGGCAGCCGCGUACACAAUCAUUAUAAAAUAAUAAAAUAGUAUAUACUUCCGUUCAAAUUCAAAUCUCACCCCUUUUGAGUGUGUCCUCGCAUUUCAUUUGUGCCUUCUCCUCCGUCGUUUCCACCACCACAAACGCCACCGCCCCCCGCCAUCCCGCCAUCACAAUCUGUAACGAAGCAUAAGAGAAGAGAGGAGAAGAGGCAAUGGAAGCCAAGAUCGGCAACUUCUUCGACUCAGUCACUGCCUUCUUCGGCGGCGGAGACCACAUCCCCUGGUCCGAUCGCGAUACCAUCUCUGGCUGUGAGAGGGAAGUUGCAGAGGCUGUGAACGGUGUCUCAGAUGAACUCAAGAGUGAAUGCAUUAUGCGGUUAUCCUGGGCCCUCGUUCAUUCCAGACAACCAGAAGAUGUGCAGCGUGGGAUAGCUAUGCUUGAAGCCUCACUAGCCAACAGUAGCGGUCCAUUGCAAAAGAGGGAAAAACUUUAUCUUUUGGCUGUUGGAUAUUACCGAAGCAGUGAAUAUCCAAGGAGCAGGCAGCUUGCAGAACAAUGUUUGGAGAUUGCACCUGAUUGGAGGCAGGCUUUGACGCUCAAGAAGACUGUUGAAGAUCGAAUUGCCAAAGAUGGUGUUAUUGGAAUUGGGAUUACUGCUACUGCUGUAGGACUUAUAGUUGGUGGGAUUGCUGCAGCUUUGGCUCGAAAAGGUUGAUUACGAGUAACAUAGUACUGCCAUAAUUUCCUCCGGUUACAUCCUUUUUUGCUUUUCCCUUCCUUUUUUGUGAAUUUUUUUUUUUUUUUUGGAUUGAAUAAUCGUAGGAGUAGGAAUUCCCUAUCAGUUGGUCUGAUUCUGUAGAUUUUGGUGUACUCGGUCAAUAAAUAUAGAUGAGCCAUUUUCAUUUCAAAUCAUGUUAUUUAGCUGUGGAUAAGCUUUGUUGCAAAGGCGAUGAUUGGUGCAACUCUCCCUCCUGGGAUAAUGAUAUUCUCUUUAGCUUUUCCA